UUGUGUGACGUCAUAAAAAAACAGAGAAAAGUGGUAACAAAUUCUGUAAAAAUCCAUAUUGGUAUUUUAAGUUUAUUAUUUGUGUUUCAAAAUGGGUUGUGAUGGUGGUACCAUUCCACGUAGGGAUGAAUUGGUUCGUCUUAAAAAGAAACCAGAACAAAAAGACAAAGAUGCAGAGCGCUCGUUCAAAUGGCGCAACUGUGCGCUAUCUCAGCAGCCCCUGCAGGAGCCCGUGGUCGCGUGUGGACUGGGCCGGCUGUACAGCAAGAGCUCAGUGCUGGAAGCUUUGCUUGACAAGGAGAGUAAACCUGAAUCUAUCAGCCAUAUAAAGAAUCUUAAGGAUAUCAAAGAUCUGACCCUGUAUAAGAAUCCAGCUUAUGUCAAGACAGAUCACGCCGAAGGUUCGGUGGGGGAAGGCAGUUCCCCGUACAUCUGUCCCAUCAGCGGAAUUGAGAUGGCCGGCAAGUUCCGCUUUGUGUUCCUGUGGAGUUGUGGAUGUGCUCUCUCUGAGAGGGCCUUCAAAGAAGUUAAACAAAACAUUUGUCAUAUGUGUCAACAACCAUUCAUAGACAAUGAUGUAAUUGUUCUCAAUGGGAAUGAAGAAGACAUUGUACAGCUUAAAGAGAAAAUGGCUGUCCGAGUUGCAAACAGGAAGACUAAGAAAUCGAAAACUGACAAAGUAGAGACUAUAACAUCGGCGGAUAUAGAAAAGCCAUCCACAUCUACAGAAGUUAAGAUAGAAAAAGAUGUUACAGAAGAGUCACAACAAAAGAUAAAUGAAACAAGCAAAGAGAGUAAAGUAAAAACAGAGAUUGACACAAUACCAUUAUCCAUACCAAAGUUCAAUCCCAAUAAACAAACACGAGGUCACUUUGGAUCAUCAAAACGGGCGCAUCCUACACAGUUAGCACAGGACCCGUCAUAUAAGAAGACUAAGAAAGAGUACAGUAUAGCAAAAGACCCACAGAGCAGUGAAGUGUACAAAUCUAUAUUUACGUCACACAAGAAUGAGAAAGACCAACAAAGAGCACAUUGGGUUACUUACAAUCCAUUUUAUAAUUAAUUUCACCAGCAUGCCCGCAGACCUAGCUAGAAUUUAGUUUUUACAAAUCCCUCGGGAACCAUGGAUUUUUCCGGGAUAAAAAGUAGCCUAUGUGUUAAUACAUGCUAUAAUAUAUCUCAAUACCAAAUUUCAGCUGAUUUGGUUCAGUAGUCGAGGCUUGAAAGACUAACAAAUAUUCAUAUAAUCAAAAUCACCAGUUUUCGCACAUCUCGGGAAACCAUGGUUUUUUUGGGAUAAAAAGUGGCCUAUGUAUUAAUCCAGAGUAAAAUCUAUUUCCAUUUAAAAUUUUAGCUAAAUCGCUUCAGUAGUAGCGGCGUUAUAGAAUAACAAACAUCCAUACAAACAUCCGCGUUUAUAAAAUUAGUAGGAUUAACAGGGAUAUUUAUAUCCAGGGAUAAAAUCAACAUCAUAAAUUCUUAUUCCUACGAGUUUUCUUUUAAAAUUUAUUGUCUCUAUAAUGACUUUUUUUUUUUAAUUCUUUACAAAUUAGCCCUUGACUACAAUCUCACCUGAUGGUAAGUGAUGAUGCAAUCUAAGAUGGAAGCAGGCUAAGUUAGGAGUAGGAUGAAAAUCCACACUCCUUUCAGUUUCUACACGACAUCGUACCGGAACGCUAAAUCACUUGGCGGUACGUCUUUGUCGGUAACUUAUGGUGUUGUAUGUAAAAAUAGCACUUACAUGGAAACAUUUGAAUAUAAAUAAAAAUGAUUAAUUUAUUUUGGGAAUGUUUUAAUUUUAUCCUUACCUACUAUAAGUUUAUUGCACUCGAGAUUGCACAUUAAAAUAUGGAAUGUCAUUUUAACUUACUAAAGCUUUUUUCAGAUAGCAUGGGUAAGGUGACAAUCACCUGUAUGACGUUUAUAAUAUGUACUAUUAUCGUGAAACUUUCAAGAGUGAAACAAACUGUCACCCGCACCAUACUACAUGAAACGAACUGUACUUACAUAAAUAACUACUUCUACUGUACUUACAAAAUGUCUUGAUUUUUUAAAUUAGCUGUCCGUAAGUAUAAAAUUACGUAUUCAUCAAAAUUUUACAAAUUAUAUUAAAUUUUCGUCUAUAGCCCACCCACAUAGAAGGAUUUAAUGGAAUAUUAUGUAUCGCUAUUGAGGUUUUAUAUAUUUGUAUAUUGAUAUAAGGCGAUGUUGUUGAUUGGUAUAUUUAUUCACUUUACUGAUUAUGACAAUUGUAAAAGGAUAUAAAAUAAAAGGACUAUUAAAGUGAUGAUGCGGUGUGGAAUGGAGGACUGGUAAAAAUGUAAUGGAUGGGCGAAAGAAUAUAUCCACGCAUGCGCGGUCAAGGGAAUUCUAAAUAUGAAAUGAAUCUGGAAUGUGAAUGUAGAUGAAGAUGUAGAUGGCCUAACCUAAAUUGGGCGAACGAAAGAGUUCGUUCGCCCACAUAUGGACUUAAUAUAAAAUUUAAAUAGUGUUCAAGUCACUAUACAAUAAUAUAAUAUUGUACCAAAGUAAGCAAUAAGACGUAAAUUUUGUGCUAAUUUAACGAUAUUUAUGAGUAACCAAACAAAUUGCAGAAAAGUACCUACAUAUGCCUAACAACGUUAGUAGGUAUAGUACAGUAAGCACUAAGCAGCCUGUAAGUUGAACUAUGCGCUGUAAAGGUCGCCAUUGACGGUCAAUUAUUCUCACGUUUCUGAAAAGCAAACGGCAGUACCCACGCGGCAUAACAUACAAGUCAUGUACGCAGUGACCAACACACGAUCAAUUAUAGUCGUGGGUGCUACAGAAAUGCGAGAAUAAUUGACCGUUUGUGGCUAGCAUAACAUUUUUGGGUGCUAGCGACGUAAGGUAAGAGGUGCCAGGUAACCAUAGCAACACGUUGACGCCAUUAAAAUUGUGUACGAUUUUUUUUUUAAUUCUAAACUAUUAUUUUAAUUAUUAAAUCUUUAAUGUACCAGGCAUAAUAAUUGUACCUGCGCAAACAACUGUCAACUGGUUCAACUUACUUGCCGGCGUCUUUAAUUGAGUAUGUAUGAAAUAAUGCAAAUAAAUUAAGGGGAAAUAAAAUUAAAUAUAAUGUUAAACUACUAAGUACAAGUAAAUAAUGCAUGAUAGUUAUGUAAAAUAUCAACACUAAAUAUUACGAGACCAGUAUUUUCUAUAUCCUAAACCUUAAAGUACAGUUGAAGUGACCUUAGCAUGGCGCAUUGAUUAUUUCAAUUCUGAAUAUUAGGCUUUAACUAACAAACUAAAUAUUAUAGUAAACACAGUGAAACCAUCUGUGCAUUGUUUUGCAUUAUGGUUAGGCUUGAUUUCAAUAUGUAUUUUGUAGAAUAUUUAAUAAAUAAAUA